CGCGCCUUGCGCCGACGCAGUGAGCUCACGGGGCGGGCCCCAGGACUACGGGUUGUGGUUCCGCUUCCGUCGCUGAGACACGUGAAGGUCGGAGAGUUGGUACGGAGUCCGUCUGGGCACGCGUGAUCGCGCCGGGAUGGAUUCCUCCUCGUCUUCCUCCGCCGCGGGCUUGAGUGCUGUGGACCCGCAGUUGCAGCAUUUCAUCGAGGUGGAGACCCAGAAGCAGCGCUUCCAGCAACUGGUGCACCAAAUGACUGAACUUUGUUGGGAGAAAUGCAUGGACAAGCCUGGGCCAAAGUUGGACAGUCGGGCUGAGGCCUGUUUUGUGAACUGCGUUGAGCGCUUCAUUGAUACAAGCCAAUUCAUCUUGAACCGACUGGAACAGACCCAAAAAUCCAAGCCAGUCUUUUCAGAAAGCCUUUCUGACUGACCUCAGCAUUAUCUCUUUGGAAAAGGAAGGUAGUUCAAGACACGAAGAACAACUGAUGGGAUGAUUGGCUAUAUGGCAUUGGGGCAUCGGUUCCCACCUCCUGUCACUCUUGGGACAUCCUGCCAUCUGAAAAUGAACAAGGACCAAUUAUUUUAUGUGCAGGAUUUGGAGGUCAUACUUGUAUUUGGUUCUGUUUUUUAAUCUGGUGGAAAUCAUUGACAGAUGAAUGAAUCAGAUGUGUGUUUCUAUAUAUAUAUAUGGGGGGUAUGGUUUUCUCAAGGUCUCAACUGUUUCCUGUGAUUAGAUGGUGGGACCACAUAGAGAUCUCUUAUUUGUGUGGAUUCAUUUCAGAUUUCUGCAGAGAUCUUUGUGUCUCUCAGAAAGGGCAGCAACAGGAGAAGAACAACCUGGCACUUACUUCCUUAUCUGGUGUGUGACUGUUAAUGCUGCAAAAUAUGCAGCACACUUGGGAUUUAGAGAUUCCCUCCCUCCCCUGUACUGUGAUUUACUUAAAUAUCUGCAUUAAAAUGUGAUCUCAAGGCAGUAUAGAACUCUACACAGUGACCAGAAUUUUCAUUACUUGAUUGCCACUAUGAAGAAGUUAACUUACCCUGUAUUUCAGGGUACCAAAAACUCAAGAUGUGUCAAAAACUCAACAGCAAUUUCAGGUAAAGGUGCAUGCCUAAUGUUAAUCAGUAUGGAUUUCAAUUACUUAAUUCCUUUAAUCACUGAAAUAAAAAGCUUCUACAAGAU